AUGCCGAACGACGACUCGAUUGUAGUGGAGAAAGAAAACAAUAUCACACUGAUCGGCAUCAAUCGACCGAAAGUGAGGAAUGCUAUCGAUGUUGCCACCGGUAUUAAACUCGCUGCAGCGAUAGCAGCUUUCGAGUCUGAUCCAACGACGGACGUUGCUGUCCUGCACGGUUUCGGCGGCACAUUUUGUUCCGGCUACGAUCUUACUGAGCUCGCAAAGUCUGACGACGGAGACACAGUGCGUUCGAUCAUUUCCAAUCCGGAAGGGGUAAUGGGACCGACAAGGCGCAUGAUUAAAAAGCCCAUGGUCUGUGCCAUCAGCGGUUACUGCGUGGCGGGCGGAAUGGAACUUGCCUUGAUGUGCGAUUUACGUGUGAUGGAAGAGAACGCUAUCCUGGGGUUCUUCAAUCGACGGUUCGGUGUGCCACUGAUUGAUGGCGGAACGGUGAGGCUUCCGGCUCUGAUAGGUCUAUCUCGAGCACUCGAUCUUAUGCUCACCGGUAGGACGGUGUCCGCUAAGGAGGCACACGAAAUUGGACUUGCCAAUCGCGUCGUUGCCGUCGGUGCUGGGCUCGGACAGGCGUACAAUCUGGCCAUGAGCAUUGCUAAGUAUCCUCAACUUUGUCUUCGGCACGAUCGGAAUUCUGCAUACUAUGCAGCGUUCUCCGCUCAAUCCUUCGAGGACGCGAUGCAACGAGAGCUGUUUACUGUGAGCGACGAAUUACUGAAGGAAGGAAAAACAGGGGCGACCAAAUUCCGGGCCGGAGUUGGUCGAGGUGGUAGCUUCAGUGGCAUCAAGGAGCGAAAGAUUCCGGACUGGGAACGUAAAGAAAUGGAUUUUGAAUCGAAGUUAUAGAACAAUACCUAGAAUAAGUUGUAUUUUUUACUUGGAAUAUAUCAUUUUCUAAACCUGUUA